AGGCCGGCACCGAUAAGCCAGCAGUGAAGCGGAAGCCGUGGCUGGGCCAAGCGGCUGGAGUCGCAGGACCUUCCUCAAGUAAAAACUGCGCAGUACGCGUUUUUUGGCGCUCGCUUCGCCAGCUGGCCUGCUCUUUCUUUUUAUUGCAGGAGGAUAGAACUCGAGUGAGGAACCGCUUUGAACGCUUUGUUUUAACACAAACCACGCUGCAGUUAACAACAGGUUCGACUUGCAAUUAGAAGCAGCUAUAAAAGAGAGUUUUCCAAAUUAAUCGGCGGAAUGAAGUGAUUUUCCGAGCGUUCGAAAGGACGAUGGAGUUCACGACGGUGCGCCUGGUGCUGAUCAACGCGAUGGUGUGCGGCCUCGAGGUCGCCGCCACCGUGGCCUUCACCUACCUGCCGCCGAUCCUGCUCAAGGCCGGCUUCGCCGAGUCCUCCAUGGGCAUCAUCCUCGGAGUCGGUCCGCUGAUGGGCAUGUUCACCGUGUCGGCCGUGGGACAGCUGUCCGACUAUUGGUACGAAAAGUUCGGCCAACGAAUCUACUUCAUGCUCGUGCUCGCGUUCAUUUUGUCGCUAUCUCUGCUCGGGGUCAUUUUCGGACACCGCCUCGCUCUCACGACGGAAGGACUCACGAUAGGGUGCGUGUUGUUGGCGGUGGGCGGGGUGGUUUUGGACUACUCGUCGCAGGUGGCGCUGAACCCGUGCGAGUCGCUGCUGUGCGACCUGCUGAAGGGCAGCGACUGCUCCGAGCGCGGCUUCUCGAUCUACUCGGGGGUGCUGAGCCUGGGCGCGUGCGUGGGCUACCUGCUGACGGCCGUGCACUGGCCGUGGGGCCGCCAGGAGGAGUCGGCGUGUGGCGCCGCGCUCGGCUUCUUCCUGCUGUGCUGCGCCACCACCAUGCUCGCCGUCUCCACCCUCCCCUCGGCCAGGGCGCACCCCCGCCGACCCAGACACCUCUCCUGGGCCAAAAUCGACUUCCCCUGCAAGUACAAGAGCCUCCCCCACGUCGUCACCACCAAACUCGCCGCCACCUUCCUCUUCAUCUACCAAAGGAUUUUGCUGCUUCCGGUGAGCGUUUGCCGGGAGGUGUGGGGGUCCCCCGUGGCGUUGUGGCGGCUGUUCGUGGCGGACACGAUAUCGUGGGCCGCGUGCACGAGCCACGCCCUCUUCUACGCGCACUACGUGGGUCAGGUGGUGUACGCGGGACACCCGAACGCGGCGCCGGACUCGCUCGAGGAGGAUCUGUACAACGAGGGCGUGCGCAUGGGCUCGUGGGGGCUGCUGCUGCACAGCAUGUCCUCGUGCGGCUACGUCCUCCUCCUGCAGAACCAGCUGGUGCAGGCGUACGGCCUCAAGAGCACGUACCGCUUCGGCCUCGCCAGCUUCGCCGCCUGCAUGAUGGCCACGCUCGUCGUCCGCAACAUUUGGCUCCUCAACGUCUGCGCCGCCUUCUCCGGCAUCGGCUUCGCAGUCAUGACCAGCAUCCCCAGCGCUCUCGUCACCGAGUACCACGCCGACCAGCAGGCAUACUACUUUGACCUUUCGGCGGACCAGAAGCGCGGUUCGGGCGCCGACUUUGGGGUGCUGUAUGUCGGCUACUACCUCGGCCAGACGGUGAUUUCCCUGGUGAUGAGCUCGGUGGUGCAGGCCAUCGGCUACCCGCACGCCUACAUCGCGUUCGCCGCCCUCGCCAGCGUCCUGGCGCACCACCAGGCCAACAAGAUCGUCUACUCGCACGCCGACCUGCCCCACCUGCGCGCCACCUACAACGUCCUCAAGUGCUGAGGAUGACCUUUUUUCUAUUUUACAACAAGUCAUUCUCAUUCCUGCAGGAGAUGGAAUUUUUUAUAAACAUUAUUGUGUUGCGAUUUUAUUUUUCUGUAUCAAAGUCUUCCGAGUUCCUUUUUUGAGAUGAUCCUUGUUAGUUGUUUAAAUUGUGAUACAACGACCCACGAAUUUUGUGAUUCUCCCAAAACGAAAGAAGUGCAAUUAAUCGAAAGGAAAAAUAUUUUAUAAAUAUGUAUUUAUAUAUAUGGGAAUUUUUUACGCCAAUCGUGUGCCAGUGAACUUCAAAUGCUGCCCUCAAAGCUUGCCACAUGACCUGACAAAAUUUUAUAUAAUUAUCAAAUUUCAAUUUUUCAAUAGUUGUGGCUUUACAUGUAACGAGAUUUUACCAAAAAGUGUACUUUUGAAUCUCUGAAGAAAUUUCCUUUAUUUUCUGAAGGAGAAAGUUUAUGAUUUUGUUCUUGCGUUUUCCUCACUGAAUGAUCUAAUUUAUUGUAUAUCUCAACAGAUGGAAAUAAAUUAUUUUAACAAUAUAAUUAAA